UCCACCGUGCCAACCAACAUGCACCCACCACCACCGCCGCGCCGUUAACGGGUCCGGAAGCUCGCUUAUCGGAUCCACCCGGCCCUCCCGUCCGAUUCCCCAGCCGCGGCCUCGGCCUCCCACUCCGGAUCGCUGCCUCACCCCCUCCGAUCCGUCCCGGCAUGGCUGCGCCCCCGCCGAAGGCGAAGGCGCCGAGGGGUUCGGCGGCCUAACGUUUAGUCCUGAGGAUUCCAUCGGUCGCGUUACCGGAUCUUGUGGCUGCCGUCGAGGAUCCGAUCCCCGUAACCGCGCCGCCGGUAUGGGCUCCGACGGGCGCCUCCACCUCGCGCUGGCCGCGUUCGGGGGCGGCGGCGACGUGUGGGACCUCGUGGACGCCGCGCUCGCCGCGGCGGCGCGGGACAGCCCGGACGAGCUGCGCGCGCGCCGCGACAGCAUCGUCGAGCGGCUCUACGCUGGUGGCCGAUGCCGCAACUGCGAUGACCCGCCGGCGCAGGCGCAGCCGACGAAGGCGGCUGAGACUGCUGCUGCUGCUGCUGCGUCGGCGUUCCCGGCCUCGCCGGACGAGGAGGUCGACGCGGACGGCUUCGACGACGACGAGGCUGACGCCGGCGUGGAGAGCAAGAUCCUGGCGAUCAGGGACUUCCUGGAGGACCCCGACCAGUCGGAGGACGAGACGGUGAGCCUGCUGCAGAACCUGGCAGACAUGGACAUCACCUACAAGGCUCUCCAGGAGACGGACAUCGGCCGGCAUGUCAAUGGCCUACGCAAGCACCCAUCUGGUGAAGUGCGGCAGCUGGUGAAGCUGCUCGUCAGAAAAUGGAAAGAGAUAGUUGAUGACUGGGUACGGCUGCACAACUCAGGUGGUGAUGGUGGUGGCUCGAUCAUAAGCGAUGGUGACUCGCCUGAUAAAGUCCAACCCAAGUAUCAUCAGAACACUCAGGCUUCAGACUUCAAGUAUUCCCCCAGCCCACAGAGACAGAAUGGUUUGAGCUCAGAGAGGUUUAGCAAUCACAAUGUGGUGGAGUCAAUGGAGAAACGUAGAACAAGCCCUGCACCUGCAUACCAUAACACCAAGCAGAACAGCAACAACAACUAUUCUACUACCUCGUCAUCAGUUCCAGCUAGGACAAUUAGGGAGCAAAAGGAUACUCUUUUGGACUCUGAGAAGCUAGAUUCAGCCAGGAAGAGGCUUCAGGAAAAUUACCAGGAAGCGCAAAAUGCGAAAAAGCAGAGGACCAUUCAAGUGAUGGAUAUUCACGACAUACCAAAGCCGAAGAACAGGAACAACGUCCUCCGCAAGAGCGGUGGCGGAGGCGGACUCCCGGCAAGGCACCGGUGAUCUGCAUGCGCAACGACCAUCCUACAUACAGCGGACUCACAAAUUUGUAUUCUGUGGUAAUCGAAAGCGAAAUUUGAAGGGGAGUUCUUUUUUCUGUUUGAUUUGUACCCUUGCAAUCCAAUCCACUCUAAGUCUGUGAUAUUGUCUAGCAACAUGACGCUACGCUUUUGCUUCUCAUAAGACUGAAUGAAAUCAAAAUGUUAUUGUGCCGUCCGUGAA